AUGCCUGAGAUAAAUGUAACACCAUUGGGUGCUGGACAGGAUGUGGGACGCAGCUGUAUACUCGUGUCCAUUGGGGGCAAAAACAUCAUGCUUGACUGUGGUAUGCAUAUGGGAUACAAUGAUGAUAGACGCUUUCCAGACUUUUCCUAUAUAACGCAGAAUGGCCGUUUGACAGACUUCUUGGACUGUGUCAUAAUCAGUCACUUCCACCUGGACCACUGCGGCGCUCUGCCUUACAUGAGUGAGAUGGUGGGUUAUGACGGUCCCAUAUACAUGACACAUCCCACCAAAGCCAUUUGCCCUAUUCUGCUUGAAGACUUCCGCAAAAUCACAGUCGACAAAAAGGGCGAGACAAACUUCUUCACUUCACAGAUGAUCAAAGAUUGUAUGAAAAAAGUUGUGCCUCUGAAUCUUCAUCAGACUGUACAGGUGGACGAUGAGCUGGAGAUUAAAGCGUACUACGCAGGACACGUUCUGGGAGCCGCCAUGGUGCAGAUCAAAGUGGGCUCAGAGUCUGUGGUCUAUACUGGAGACUACAACAUGACCCCUGACAGACAUUUAGGUGCUGCAUGGAUUGAUAAGUGCCGUCCAGACAUCCUAAUCUCGGAGUCGACUUAUGCCACGACCAUCAGAGACUCAAAGAGAUGCAGAGAGAGGGACUUUUUGAAGAAAGUUCACGAAUCAAUAGAAAGAGGAGGAAAGGUCCUAAUUCCUGUUUUUGCACUUGGGAGUGAAGCAGAGGAGGGAGACGGAUGA